AGCCGACCCGGCGCGCUGAGCGCGGCGCGGUGCCCCGGUGCGCCCCGGAGGCGAGCGUGAGCGAGGUCUGGCGCCAUGCCUGGUCACUCCAUGCUCUAGGCCACACCUGGGCCAUCGGAGCAGCCCCUGCUGACUUCAGGGGGCACCCCCUCCCCACUGUCCACUGCCCACCAUGGCCGGGGACCGGCUCCCCAGGAAGGUGAUGGACGCCAAGAAGCUGGCCAGCCUGCUGCGGGGAGGGCCUGGGGGCCCGCUGGUCAUUGACAGCCGCUCCUUCGUGGAAUACAACCGCUGGCACGUGCUCAGCUCCGUCAACAUCUGCUGCUCCAAGCUGGUGAAGCGGCGGCUGCAGCAGGGCAAGGUGACCAUCGCGGAGCUCAUCCAGCCUGCUGCACGCGGCCAGGUCCAGGCCGAGGAGCCGCAGGACGUGGUGGUCUAUGACCAGAGCACGCGGGACGCCAGCGUGCUGGCGGCAGACAGCUUCCUCUCCAUCCUGCUCAGCAAGCUGGACGGGUGCUUCGACAGCGUGGCCAUCCUCACAGGGGGCUUCGCCACCUUCUCCUCCUGCUUCCCCGGCCUCUGCGAGGGCAAACCCGCUGCCCCGCUGCCCGUGAGCCUCUCGCAGCCCUGCCUGCCCGUGCCCAGCGUGGGCCUGACCCGCAUCCUGCCUCACCUCUACCUGGGUUCUCAGAAGGAUGUCCUGAACAAGGAUCUGAUGACCCAAAAUGGAAUAAGCUACGUCCUCAAUGCCAGCAACUCCUGCCCCAAGCCAGACUUCAUCUGCGAGAGCCGCUUCAUGCGCAUCCCCAUCAACGACAACUACUGUGAAAAGCUGCUGCCCUGGCUGGACAAGUCCAUCGAGUUCAUCGAUAAAGCCAAGCUGUCCAGCUGCCAAGUCAUUGUUCACUGUCUGGCUGGCAUCUCCCGCUCCGCCACCAUCGCUAUCGCUUACAUCAUGAAGACCAUGGGCAUGUCCUCGGACGACGCCUACAGGUUCGUGAAGGACCGGCGCCCCUCCAUUUCGCCCAACUUCAACUUCCUGGGCCAGCUGCUGGAGUACGAGCGGAGCCUGAAGCUGCUGGCCGCCCUGCAGGGCGACGGGGCCACCCUCCCGGGGACACCCGAGCCGCUCCCGGGCCCGGCGGCCCCUCUGCCGCCGCUGCCGCCACCUACCUCAGAGAGCGCUGCCACCGGGAGUGCAGCGGCCAGGGAGGGCGCCCCGAGCGCCGCCGCCGGCGGGGAGCCCCCCGCGCCUGCCGUGGCCCCUGCCACCAGCGCGCUGCAGCAGGGCCUGCGCGGCCUGCACCUCUCCUCCGACCGCCUCCAGGACACCAACCGCCUCAAGCGCUCCUUCUCGCUGGACAUCAAGUCGGCCUACGCCCCCAGCCAGCGGCCCAGCGACCCCGGGCCCUCCGACCCGGGCGAGGCCCCCAAGCUCUGCAAGCUGGACAGCCCGUCGGGGGGCGCUCUAGGCCUGCCCUCGCCCAGCCCGGACGGCUCAGACGGGGCGCCCGAGGCGCGCCCGAGGCCCCGCCGGCGGCCCCGGCCCCCAGCAGGCUCCCCUGCGCGCUCCCCGGGGCACGGCCUCGGCCUGAACUUCGGGGACACCGCCCGGCAGACUCCACGGCACGGCCUCUCCGCCCUAUCGGUCCCCGGGUUGCCUGGCCCCGGCCAGCCGGCCAGCCCCGGGGUCUGGACACCGCCCCUGGACUCCCCCAGCACGCCUUCCCCAGAUGGGCUCUGGUGCUUCAGCCCCGAGGGCGCACAGGGUGCGCGGUUUGCGCCCUUCAGCCUGGCGGGCACGCAGGGCACGGGCGGCGGAGGCGACCUGAGGAGGCGCGAGGCGGCGCGGGCUGAGUCCCGGGACGCGCGGACCAGCUGGCCCGAAGAGCCAGCCCCGGAGACGCAGUUUAAGCGCCGGAGCUGCCAGAUGGAGUUUGAGGAGGGCAUGGCGGAGGGGCGUGCCCGCGGCGAGGAGCUGGCCACCCUGGGCAAGCAGGCCAGCUUCUCGGGCAGCGUGGAGGUCAUCGAGGUGUCCUGACAGCAGCCCAGACGGCCCCUCCGCGGGGGCCCAGCGCCCCGAGCCCUCUGCUGCCCUCGGCUGGGCCGCCAGCAGCCGGGCCUUCUAUGAAUAUAUAUUAUAUAUAAUGCAAAGAGAGGUAAAUGGUUUUACUGCGAUUUUUAUCGAGAAGUAAAUAUUUCGAUUUUUUAUUUAUUGAAGCUGUUCAUUCUGGCAAUGAUUUGGCAACCGUGAGGGUGGUCCUCCAAGCUCUAUUUUUAGUCUGGUAUUUAAACUGAGACUGGUUUCUAAGCAAUACGAGGCCACCCUCAGUGGCAAGCUGGGGUGCCAGGCCUGGGGUCCCCGUCCUCGCCAGCCCCAAGCCCAGAUGACACUGCUCACCGUUGCAAAGAGGCUGCCGAGCUUUCGUGCACUUUUUACAUAAGAAAAAGGGGAAAAAAAAAAAAAAAAAAAACCUUUGCCACAAACUGAGCCGCAGAAACUCCCUGCCUGUCCUCCCCGCCCACCUCUCUGCACCCUCGUCCUCUGCUCCUCCCUUGGGCCCUGGGAGCUGUGGUCCCGGAGCCCCUGCUGUCCCCUGCCAGCUCCAGGCACCUCCGUCCCUGGGCUCCUGCCUGGCAGGUGUACAGAAGGCCUGGGUUACAGAGCCGGGCAGGGCUCGGUACAGGGGGCUCCCGAGCGUCCGAUGGUGUGGAUUGCCGAGCAGGGACAGAGGUGGAGUGCCCCCACGCCGGGCUGAGCCCGGGUCCCCUUUCACGCUCAGCAAAGCUGUUCAGAGGAGGCUGCUUUCGUCCCCUCUGGUCUGCGGGAGUCCCCGGCACCCCCUGCAGAUGGGGGGCCCAGGAAGAGGGCUUGGCCCGCGGGGUGUCUGGUGGGAGGAGCUGUGCCAGCAGGGCAGGUGGGCCAGGGUGUUGCCCUGGGCUCUCCCCUUCCCCAGCGCCAGGCCAGACUGGGAAGUCGGGCUCCUUCCUGCAGGAGGAGUUGUGGCUGCGGCUGCCUGGCGGGGGGUGGGGGCCGGAAGCCCCGUCAGACCCUGUGCUUCCAGGGUGGGGCCCUUAGCUUUGGGGGAGCCAGUCCCAGGCAGCAAAAGCCCUGACCUGAGCACAGGCAGGACGUGUGUCCCCGGCCCCGGGUCCGUCCCGCCCCCAAAGGGGCCUCGGAGGGGAGACCCCCUGCACACCCCUUUCCGGGGCGCGCUCACCUCCGAAGUCUCCCAGAACCUCCAAGGUGACGUGCCCGUCCCCUCCCCAGCGGGCUUCUGGGCCCUGUCUGGGCAGCCUGGGCGCGAGGGCGGGAAGAGAGGCCUGGCUACCGGGCCCCACGCCCCCAGGGUGAGUGGCACCCAAGGCUUUUGGAGGCAGAGGCCGAUGUCCCCUGAGCCCCAGAUGCCCUAGGGUCUAGGAGUUGGGUCCAGCCGCCCUGGGAAGAGGCCAGCAGCUUGGUGGGAGGCCCCCGGCAGGCCUGCGUCCUCAGCAAGGUGGGCGGGGCCUGCUCCCCCGCCGGCCGCCCCGCCCCCGCUGUCUCUGUUUGUUCUUUAGACCUGCAGCCCUGUGUCCCUGUCAUGCCACCUUUAAGCAGAAGUCCUGUCCCUGUUCUCUCUGUCCCCACCCCUCUCCCCAAGAAAUAAGCUAUCAUUGUUGUAUUUGCAAUCUACGGAUUAGAAGUUUAAGUAUUUAUUAUUAUUGGUUAAUUAUUAUUAUUAUUGAUUAUGUAAAUUUGCCUCCUGUUCGUCUCUCGCGUUGGGUUUUGGGGUUGACCCCGGGUGUGGAGGACGCACCGGUCCCCCCUCUGCACCCCACCCCGCGCUGUCCGGGAGACAGUGGCCAGGGCCGCUGGUUGGGCCCAGCUCCCUGAGGGCAGGUCCCCGGGCCGGCCCGCCCCCACCCGCCCUCUGCCCAGGGUUGCCACAGCGCCCGCGCCUGUCCCGGGGGUGCGGGGCUCCCACUCCUGAGGCUCCGGUCCCCCCAGAGUGAGCAGCUGCAGUGCAGGAGGAGGUCCCCUUCUGUGCCGGGGCCUCCCCGGCCAUGUCCACCCCGUCCUCUCUGAGCCUCCCUCAGCCCCCCCCCGUUCCCCUCCGCCCCGAGCCCUGACAUUGGGGUGGCCCCCGAGUAGGUCACGCCCCCUCCUGUUAUCUACCAAGGA